AUGGAACAUCUUGCCGCCAAAGUAUUGGAGCUGGUAGUAAACGUUGCCCGUGAUAACAAGAAGAUCACGAACAUCCUCUGUUAUGGUGGUUUGUUGCCCAAUAUCCCAGGCCAUUCUGUUGUUAAAGAAGACCGAAAGAAACCGAAGAAAUCGAUUACCGCCGGAGAGAAGAAGAAAAAUGCUGGUGGUUGUGGGGAUGGUGAGAAAGCCAAAAAUCCCAAGGCUGUCGCUAUGAAACUGGCCUAUAAGUCCAAAGCUGCACCUGCAAAGGCUUUAGCAGCUGACACUAAACAGAUGGCAACCAAACCAUCGACGUUUGCAGCCAACAAGCCGAAGACCUUUAAGCCAAAAUGGCCCGCCGUACCUGCCAAGAAAGCUGCUCCGAAGAAACUCACCGCCGGCAAGAGCUUGAGCAGCAGCACACCCAUUCAAAUAGUGAUGAAUACUUUCGAUUAG